AUUAGUUUGUUGCCAUAUUUCAUCACCUAUAGGCAUUGCUUAUGCCUGGCAAUCACACUAGAUUGAGAAUCACAAAACUACUGGCUUGUUGUCUCUACAGUCUAACAAAAAGAUCAGAAGUACCCGAGGAAGCUGAAAAUCUCAAAACCAUGGAGGCGAUGCUUCUUGUAAUUGUGGCAGUCUCUCUUCUGAUACCACCUUUGAAGUCUCAGUCAUUCGGUGACUUUUGCCUAAAGGAUAAAAAUUCUGUACCGACAGCUGCAAACACUGAAAUGAAAUGCACCUUGAAAUUGAAGAAAAAUGAGAAUUUACCCAAAUCGUUGGUACGAUGUUAUUAUCGGAGCAACACUACAUCGAAUGAUUGUCACAUUCUGUGUUAUGACCCUGUUUAUGGACUAGCCAAGUCAGGGCAGGCGGCAAUAAAAGAAUGCCCUAAGAAUGAGACUGGAUGUAUGAGAAAAAAAUGUGAGAAUGGAAAGUACUUAUCAGAAGAAAACUUUUGUGUAUUGGCUGAGAUAAAAAACAUGCUGGAGUCCACCAAGAACAAAACUGAAUUAGCAAAGAACCUUCCUGGCCUGGUGCAGCAAUUGGCCAACACCUCAACAAAUCAAGUUAUCACAGAACCUGGAAACCUCAUAGCCACCGUUGACAUCCUCACUGCUUUUUCGUCUUUAACAAAUGUUUCUGUUAACCAGUCCAUAAUGCAGAAUUUCCUUGUCACAGUAAAUACGAUUAUUGAUCAAUCUGCCCUGUCAUCUUGGAAAACAGUGGCACAACACAACGUCAGCUCCCAGCUAUUGAUGUCUAUAGAACAAUUUACCACCCUAUUUUCUUCAACUGAAGAAACUUUCAACAUCACAAAACCUAAUAUUCAGUUGAUGGGAGUGAAGAUUAACUCAAAUUCUCAUAAGGAUUAUAAAAUUUAUUUCAGUGAUUUUAAAUAUAAAAACAGAUCAUCAAGCAAUAGUGUGAACAUUGAUGAAAAAGAACUGUCAAAGCUUCCAAACGGUUCCCUUGUCAUCGGCGUUGCAUAUGCAACAUUGACUGAUAUCCUUGACAUACCAAACAGCAUAGAAAUAUUGAAUAGCCUUGCUGUGACAAUAAUAGCAGAAAGUUCUUCAAUUAAUAUCGAAAUAAAUUCCUCAUUACUGAACAGUACACUUCAGCGAGACAGUGCUAAAUGUGUGUUUUGGGACUUUGCUCAGAAUGAUGGGGGAGGAUGGAGUUCAUCGGGAUGCAGACCUGAAACAAAUGGAGACAACAUUAUUUGCAAGUGUGACCACCUGACCUCUUUUUCUUCACUGAUGUCACCUUUUGCACGUAAAGAAGACAAAAUUUUGGAAAUUAUAAGCCAGAUUACAACUGGACUAUCUGUGGGGUGUUUGAUAAUUUGUCUUAUUAUAGAGACAGUUGUAUGGAAGCAUGUGACCAAAACUAAGACCUCACAAGCCCGACAUAUAAUGAUGCUGAAUAUUAUUCUAUCCCUACUUACAGUUUAUGUGUUCUUCAUGAUGGCUCAAUACCUGAAAGGAAAUACAACAAUCUGCAUAGUGACUAUUUUCUUAAUGAAAUUUUUUCAUCUUUCUUUGUUUUUCUGGAUGUUUACUCUGGCACUUCUGCUUCUUUAUCACUUGAUUUUUCUUUUCAAAGAUUUCAGCAAAACAGCAAUUCUGAUCAUGUCAUUUGCUCUGGGCUACCUGUGUCCAUUAAUAAUUUCCAUCAGCACUUUUGCAGUUGGCUUUUCCCAAAAUCAUUACAUACAAAAAGGGAAAUGCUGGCUCAACGCAGAAGAGACCUACCUUCAUUUCCUUUAUAUUGUCCCAAUAUUGAGCAUCAUUGCAAUGAACAUCUUCAUUACAUUUCUUACCAUAUUUAAGAUUCUGCGACCAACUGUCGGGGAGAAACCAAUCAACAGUACAAAGGACUCUAAUAUAGUCAAGCAAAUUUGUAGAAGUGUUGUUAUUCUCAGCUCAGUCUUGGGUCUCACUUGGGCACUUGGAUUUGGAUUCCUGGAUAAACAUUCCUCUAACAUAUUAGAUUAUGCAUUUAAUAUCCUGAGUGGACUCCAGGGGUUGUGUAUUUUGAUUUUUGGUAUACUCAUGGACAGUAAGGUACAAGAAGCCUUAAGGCAGAAGGUUGUACCAUCAUCAAAUUCUUCCCAAAAGACGAAACUAGUUACCAGUACAACUUCAAAUACUUAUUGAACAUCUGGUGAUGAGGCGUUUUUCAAAGAAGGAUCCUGGAAUAUUAUCCGGCAAUUAUAUGAAAGGAAGCCAGGUACUUCAUGGGGCAUUCGACUUGUACAUGAGAGAUUGGCAUUUUUUCAUUUAUAAUUGUGUAUGUGAAUCAAUUAUAAUCUUGGUGCACUGAGAUUCCAACUUUUGUGCAAUCAUUAAUAAUUAUGGGAAUCAUUAAUGCAGUGCAAAUCAUGCAAAAGGCAAAAAUAUUCACAACAUCUUGAAGACAGCAGCAUAGAUUGCAAACACGCAAUCAAUAGACUUCACUGCCUCCAACAUUUUCAAAGUAUGUUGGAUAAUUGUUUUAUUUCACUAGUUCAGGAGAUAGUGAGGACUGCAGAUGCUAGAGAAGUCAAAGUCGCUAAAGCAUGUGCUGGAAAAGGCACAGCAGGUCAGAUAGCACCUGAGGAGCAAGAGUCGAUAUUUUAGGCAUAACCCUUCAUCUGCACCUGAAACGUCAACUCUCUUGCUCCUCAGAUGCUGCCUGACCGCUGUGCUUUUUCCAGCACCACGCUUUAUUGAAUCUUUUUUCAAUAGGGAUACAUUGAUACCAUUAUUUAAUUGUUUAUGUGAAUACUUUGCCUCAAAUUGCUCAUUAACAUCAUGCAAAUGUCUAAUGUUGCACUUUCUUUAAAUUAAUGUUUGAAUGUGGGAGUGCAUGGGGGAAAGUUAUCUUCCAGAGACACUUGCACAGUCUAAUGUACCACUUAGUUGUAGCAAAUCAAAUAUCCAUAUGAACUGCAAAAUUUUGAGAAGGUAGCUCAUCAUCACCAUCUGAAGAUCAAUUAGAAACCAGAGAUAAACGUUGGCCCAGCCACAUCCUGUGAAGGAAUUAAAUCCAAAAAUACAUUGAUCAGCGUCACUCGUGAUAGCAGAGACAUCAGGUUAGACAGAUUAGAACAUAGUCUAACAUCCAAAGAACAGCACUUUCCACACCUCCCACCCACCCCCCACCUCCCUGCUUCCCCACCCAGCUACCCCCUCCCACAACCCGCCAAUCCCGCUCACUAAAACGUCACUCUGCUAAAGCCAGAAUUGUUCGGUCAGCAUCAGCAGCUGAAAUUGUAUUUCCGAUCGCAUCGAAGAAUCUGGGUUCAUGCCCAAACAAUUCUCUGUGCCUCGGUCAACCCCAUCCCAACAGCAUGCUAAUUCCUUACCAGAGGCAAAAUAACAAAUAACAACUAAGGAUCAGUAAAGGAAAUAAAAAAUCUGUUGAGCCAGUGUCAAAUUCAAAAACAAUAACACUUGAAUAGCUGUUGUAUUGAAUCACUAAACUAAUGUACAUCAUGGUACACAUUAUAAAGGUGACUACAAUUUAAAAAAAACACUCCAAUGGUUGUAAACUGUGCUGACAUGAUGGUGUGAACAGUAAUAUCUUGUUUUAUCAGUUGAUCAGUGCAGUGACUAUUUAUUGGGUUUCUAUUUUUGAGAUGUGGAGGUGCCAGUGUUAAAUUCGUAAGUCACAUAACACCAGUUUAUAAUCUGACAGGUUUACUUGAAAUCACAAUCAUCUGGAACAUUAUUCCCUUGUCAUGUGAGCACUCCAUAAGCUUGUGUUUUCAAGUAAACCAGUCAGACUUUAACCUGGUCUUGUCAGAAUUCUGAUUUCUAUUGUUAAAAUGCUAGGAUUUUACAAAUGAAUAUUGUUGCUUGUGAUUAGCAACACUCUUGUCCCAAGACCAUUUUAACCAAUGGAAUUAUUUUAGAUAUGUAGUUUCUUAUGUCUUUUAGCAGGUUAGUACCAAUGGUUUUGUUAGAUAUAUUUCAUGGAAGUCAGUCUUUUCACAGUAACUUCAACAAUUAAUAAGUAACGCAAUAGUGAUAUCAGAAUGAAUAUAUUAACUCAGACUGUGAGGUGAUUUCUUUCUUAUUAAGCAAUUUUUCACACUAUUUGAAAGUAACACUGAGAAUUAAUUAACUUGAUCCAUAGCAUGAAUCUGAAGCAAAUUAUGCUGAUUUGAGUUAAGUAUUGUAUGUACACUUGCAAGAUAGGAGUGAAAAGUUUAGUCAUUCCCUCAUUAUGAAUACUGCAUUAUGUUCGCUGAUAUAUCAUUUGAUUUAAUAUUCAUUUUUACUUUGAAUAUUGUGACACAUUGGUAUGCUGUUGCAAGGAAACAAACAUUUAGCCAGAUAAACGGGAACUACAUUUGGUUAAAUGUACUGAUGUUGAAAAUUUGUGUCUUUUUGCAUUAGAGAGUAUGCUGUGUAUUUUAUUACUCUGAUCAGUAAGUUUAUAUUUCUGUAUCAUUGUAUUCAAAUGUAUUUGUGAUUAUUGUAUCCUAUUGGUGGAUGGUUGUAAUCUUUAAAAAGUUUUAAAUUAAUCAAGUGUCAAUUCUAAAAAAAGUAUUAAAUGGA